AUGUCGGACAAAGCCCCUACUACGCGUUUCGCGCACUGGAACAAAUGGCCGUUCAUCAACCUGAGAUCGAACCAACUUCAAUCGCCCUUCUUCCGAUUAUCACGCGAGAUCCGAGACAAAAUCUACGAUUACUACGUCGUUGCCGAUAACGGCUACUUCUACAACCCGGAAACCCGGAAAAUGAUGGAUGGUCACCCGUCAUCCACAUCGCCAAAACCACAGGUCAUCAACAUCAACUUGAUAAGGACUUGUAAGAUCGCGGCGGCUGAGAUGAAGGGGUUGGCAUUCGAGCGCAAUGUGGUCAUAUUCCACGCUAUGUGCUCCGUGGACGACGGACAUGGGUACAUGAAUCUCAACUCACGGGCUGGACGCUUCAAAACUCCAGUAGCUAUCCAAUACUUGGAAACGAUGAAUCCAAGAGUACGCAUGUCACUACGCAAGAUCGUGAUAAGAGAAGACUUCAAAAGUGUUUCCAAUCCAGAACUCCACGCCCAAGGUCUCAUUCCCUUCUGUCGCGAGAAUAUGAACCUCCGGAUUACUCGACACAUCAGUCUUUUCAAAUCUAUGCUUCCAGUGCAUUCCGGCGGGCAAGACGACCGACGAAGCGAAUACUACGACUGUGAUGUUAUCCAGGGCGCGGAAUGUCUGGAAGCGAUGAAACACUGGAUACAAGCAGUAUCUUCACUCCACACACUUGGAAUGCCGAAAGAGAGCUUCUCACUGUUCUUCGACAACAGUGUGGCGGAAGGCGACUGGGUCUGGAAUGCGGUCGUCAUGCGCGCAAGAGCCCUGCAAGAAGUCUCUAAAAAAUGGCUUCGCGCAUCCCAUAAUCAUCCCAGGCCCUACAAUGGUACAGGUUUGAGUCCCUAUCAAACCUUGUUAAACCUCCCAUCAACAUUUGAGGCCAACGUUCGGAGUAUCGCAGAAGGAAACUCAAUCAUGCGGCUGACAUCGGGCAUGAGCCCAGUCGAGAUUGAAGCCACAGCUCUGAACUUGAAGCACUACAAGCACUUCACCCCUGAAACCUGGGAGCAUCAAUGGCACGUGACAGUGCUGUGUCUGAGCUUGAACACGGACUUCUGGAGACGUUUACAUCCGAGAUACAGCAUCGAGCCGGCGGGCUUUAAGAGAGUAGUAACAACGGUUAGGAGGAUGUGUGGACGGGCGCUGAGCAACGGUAUGUCGACGGAAUCGGCUGGACGGUAG